UCAGAAGAGAUCUUGCAAUCGCAGCCGGCGAAGCAAGUAGGAGAACGACGUAGCGAUAGCGACUUAGCAUUUGCAGUUAAGGGGGAGGGUAGCCUCACCACUGGACUAGAUGAGUGGGAGAGCGGCAAAGUAGACAUCAAGGGCAUCUGUCCAUCUUAACAUUUCAGACCGAGUUUGCUGUUUGCCCUGUGUGUGAUAUCUGGUAGAUUUUCGAACCUGAUUUUAGGAAUGCUUUGAAUGCUUUGAAUGCUCAUCUCAGGCGACGACACAGCGGCUGGUCAGAGUGGAGAUGAAGCAGGACCUGCUGUUGCCGGGCAACACCACCUCCACCACCACCACCAGCACCUCCAGUUCUGCCACCAGGGGGCACCAGCAGAGGCGGCAGCGCUCCGUAGCAACCGUAACCACAACAACCACAACAAACACCUCAACAUCAACCGUCAUAUGCCCCUCAGCCAACACCAACAGCACCAAAACCGGUAACACCUCAACCACCAUCAUUGCCCCAACAAGCACCUCGACAACCACCUCCCCAGCUGCUGUCAUCGCCCCUCCUACCUCGCCCAGUAGCACGCCCUCAUCCUCCUCCAACUCCUCAUCCUCAUCCUCUUCCUCGUCUUCCUCCUCCUCCUCGUUAAAAGCCGGCGUGGAGGAAGGAGUUGAGCAUCAUGAGGCAAUGGUGGAACAGGUGGCUGGAGAAGAGGAGGAAGGGGCGGAGGACGAGAGGGAAGAUUCUGGAAGUGAUGGAGGAGGAGGAGGAGGAGGAGGAGAAGGGGGUGGUGAUGAAGGAGUGGAUGAAGAACCAGAAGAAGAAGAGGAGGAGAUAGACGGGGGAGGAGAACUUCAAGAGGAGGAGGAAGAAGAAGAAGAAGAAGAGGAGGAGGAGGACAACGACAGGGAGGAGUUGGAGGUGGCAGGCGAGAGCUGCACGUGUCACGACCGAGAAGAAGCAGGAGAAGACGAGGACAAUAACAACAUGGAGGACAGAAACGCUGACGGUUCAGGACUUUUCGCUCAGGAGCUGGAAGCAGAAGGACAGUGUGAUGGUGAUGGUGAUGGAGAGGAGGAGGAGGAAGAAGUUGAGGAGGAAGAGGAAGAAGAUGAACAUGAGGGCUACAACUCUGAGGGAAGUUUAGCAGAAGAAGAGGAGGAGGAGGAGGAGCAGCAGGAGGAAGAGGAAGGAGAGGAGGAAGAGGUGACGGAGGAGGACGAGGAGAGGACCGAGGGGACACCACACAUGCGGCAGGCUGGAGGAGAGGAGGGCCAGAGCAGUGACUGUCCAAACAGGCCUCAUCAGCAGAACAAGCGCUCCAGGGUCAGCCUUCAUCAGAUGAAGAGGAAGCUGGACCAAGGCGAGGUUCGCUCCUUUCCAGCCGGGAAGAAGCCCAAGGGCCCGGACUAUUCAAGUCCUGUGGGUAUCGUUCCGUACUCGUCCACUCCUACGUUCGGGGACCUGCGGGCAGCCAAUGGCCAGGGCACGCAGCGGAGACGCAUCGCCCUCGUGCCACCCCCCGCCGGCAUGCAGGACUGGCUACGCACCUUCCAGACGUGGUCGGGUCCUGAGAGGCUAUUGGCUCUGGACGAGUUGAUUGACAGCUGCGAGCCCUCCCAGGUGAAGCACAUGAUGCAGGUGAUCGAGCCCCAGUUCCAGAGGGACUUCAUCUCGCUCCUGCCCAAAGAGCUGGCCCUGUACGUGUUGUCAUUCCUGGAGCCGCGGGCUCUGCUGCAGGCAGCUCAGACCUGCAGGUACUGGAGGAUACUGGCCGAAGACAACCUGCUGUGGAGAGAGAAGUGCCGAGAGGAGGGUAUAGAUGAGCCGCUGCACGUGAAGAGGCGAGGCCUGAUGAAGCCCUGCUUCACCCACAGCCCCUGGAAGAGCGCCUACAUCCGCCAGCACCGGAUAGACACCAACUGGAGGAGAGGGGACCUGCGCUCGCCCAAGGUGUUGAAGGGUCAUGAUGACCACGUGAUCACCUGUCUGCAGUUCUGUGGUAACCGGAUAGUCAGCGGCUCAGAUGACAACACCCUCAAAGUCUGGUCAGCCAUCACCGGCAAGUGUCUGCGUACGUUGGUGGGUCACACGGGGGGCGUGUGGUCGUCCCAGAUGCAGGACAGCACCAUCAUCAGCGGCUCCACCGACCGCACCCUCAAGGUCUGGAACGCCGAGACGGGCGAGUGCGUACACACGCUCUACGGACACACCAGCACCGUGCGAUGCAUGCACCUGCACGGGAAGAGGGUGGUGAGCGGCUCUCGUGACGCCACGCUGCGCGUGUGGGACGUGGAGUCUGGCCAGUGUCUGCACGUGCUGAUGGGCCACGUGGCGGCCGUGCGCUGCGUCCAGUACGAUGGCCGGCGUGUGGUCAGCGGCGCCUAUGACUUCAUGGUCAAGGUGUGGGACCCCGAGACAGAGACCUGCCUACACACGCUGCAGGGACACACCAACCGCGUCUACUCGCUACAGUUUGACGGCAUCCACGUGGUGAGCGGCUCGCUGGACACCUCCAUCCGCGUGUGGGACGUGGAGACGGGCAACUGCGUCCACACGCUAACGGGCCACCAGUCGCUCACCAGCGGCAUGGAGCUCAAGGACAACACUCUGGUCUCGGGCAACGCCGACUCCACCGUCAAGAUCUGGGACAUCAAGACCGGACAGUGCCUCCAGACGCUGCAAGGGCCUCACAAGCACCAGAGCGCCGUCACGUGCCUGCAGUUCAACAAGAGCUUCGUGGUGACCAGCUCGGACGACGGCACGGUCAAGUUGUGGGACCUGCGCACGGGCGAGUUCGUGCGCGACCUGGUGAGCCUGGAGAGCGGCGGCAGUGGCGGCGUGGUCUGGCGCAUACGCGCCUCCAACACCAAGCUGGUUUGCGCCGUGGGCAGCCGCAACGGCACCGAGGAGACCAAGCUGCUCGUGCUGGACUUUGACGUGGACAUGAAGUGAGGAGACUGACAGGGACGCGGAUAGAUGGAUGGACUUGAUGGAUGGAUGGUGGUGAAUGGGGAUGGACUUGGUGGGUUGGAGUGGGACCUUAGGUUCUCCUCUCCACCACCUCCACCUUGAAUGGGAUGGGAGGGCUGGGUGGUGGGGUUAGAAGAUCCUGCUGUCCCCUCUCAUUCAUCUUCCACCACUCUAAAACAAAACGUGACUGAAAUAUCAUAACACGCGGAUCACUGAUGCUGGAUGUAUGGAUGGGGAAUGGGGCUGAGUGGGUGGUUGGGGUGGCUGGGGAGUUCCUUGUUCCUCUUGCCCCUGCACCCACCCUAACUACCAUGGCCCCAAACCCAGAUGGGAGUGGUGUGGUGGAGUGGGGAGUCCGGCUCUCAUACUCCUCUUCACCACCACCACCACCACCAUGAUCCCCAAAACAACAUGACUGAAAUAUCACCACAACACUUGGACCACUGAUGGACACUUGAGGGGUUUUCAGUUACCAUCUCCCCUUCUAACGAACUCCAAGUUGUCCACACCACCAACCCAACAACAACAACAACAACCACAGCACUCAACUACGACAUGAAGGUGAUGGGGAAAGUGAAGUUCUUGUUGGUCCGUUCUCAAGGUUGCUUGAUGACUUGUCUGUAGGGAGGUUCAUGACCGGGGUGCGACAAAGAACAUUCUAGAAGUCAGUUUCCACAUCACCUCCAAGUUCCGCCCCCUCCUCCCCUUCUUCUUCUGAUUAGCUGUCACCUCCCUUUUUGAACUUUUGACACCCAAUCAAAACAAUACAACAACAUUGGAAAAAACAAACAAGUAAAAGGGAUGGUUGGCUAGCGCUGAAGCACUGACUUAAAAAAACAAACUGAUUCAAAAGGCCAAAUUUUUUCCCAUCUCCCCCCUGCUGGUGUUGGAGAUGUAUUGCACAGAAGAAGGAAAAAAGAGCUCCUAGAUCUCCGAAACAGCCUGGUGUUCAGCUAUAAAAUGGGGAAUGUGAGUAUAUAAGGUACUGUAGUGAAUGUAGGCUUUUCCUUCAAGAGACAUUCAUUACAAGGCCAGGCUGUGGAAUGACUGCUGCACAAACACCCCACCCCAAACACACGCACACGCAGACACACACACACACACACAAAUCUAUAAGAGAGCGAGCGAAAGAGGAGAUGCGAAGAAAUGCGGAACCGCAUAAAUAACGGACGUUUUCUCACGCCUUGGUAAAUAUUGUACAAAGGAGAAGAAAAAAAACAUGCUGAAAACGGAUGUAAAUUUUUUUCUAAAGAGAAUAUGAAUAUUGCUUCUUAUGGGGGUGGGAGAGGGCAUGAAAAAAAGUAUAUAUAUGUAAGGCACCAGCCUUCAAAAAAUUUCACCUCAUCACAUCUUUUUUUGUUUGUUUUGUUUUCUAUUUCUUUUCUCUUUUUUUAAAAACUUGGUUUAUUUUGCCGCUGUGUGGUCUCAGCAUCUUGGUUUCGAGAGUAUAUCCCGUACUGUGAAAGUAAUGGUCGUUCUUAACGUCAUCACUCAUCAAAAAAUACCAGAAGAAAAGAAAAAAAAACAACCCAUCCUUGUUCUACAAUACUUGCCAAGAAACUCGCAAGAAGUUUUGACAGUGUUCAUACCUGGACCCUGCCCUUUCCCAAAUCCUCACCACCCCCCUGUUUCUCAGACUUUUCCCCAUCUCUCUUGGCUUACUUGGUCAGGUUUGUGGAACCUCCCUUGCUAAAAUGGUCGGCUGCUAUUAAGAAGACCUACGCUACUCUUACUCUUUGCCUUUCUGUCUCUUUUUCUUUUGAAAUCUAUGCUGUUUUUGUUUCAUGGCUGUGACGUUUUAGUCCCAGGAUGAAAUGCUUAUCCACCCAACCCAACCCCAUCCCACCCUUCUCCCCUUUCAAACCAGACGUUGCUGUGUUGACUUGUCAUUUCGUUUGUGCCAUUGAUGCUGACGCCAAAUGUGCCUCCAAGAGGCUAAAACGAUGAUCUGACAGGUAGUGAGUGGACGAGUGUGCGUGCGUGUGUGCAUUGUAUGUGUGUGUGUGUGUGUGUGUGUGUGUGUGUACUGUGUGUGUGUGUGUUCUCGUUGAAUGAAAGUAAUGAAAUGGGGCAGUGUGGGUAAAAAAAACAAACAAAAAACAAAUCACAUCUAGUGCUCUCGUAUGGCUUUUUUAUGUUCAACGCAAAACUGAGGAUGUUAAUGGCAUUUGGUUACAUAAUGGUGGUGAUGUUAAUUUUUUUAUAUUAUAAUUAUUAUUUAUUAUUGUAUAUUGCCCACUGUAGUGCGGUGACUUGUGUUUCUGCUUUCUCAAUGUCUGAUCUUUUUGCUAAUGACUAGGCUAUUACGAAAGCAAAGCCGUAUCUUAAGCUGGCCACACACUCAACAUAAAAGGCUGUGUUCUCAAUGUUAUAAAUUGCCAUACAUCAUUCAGUCUUGAACUGUGACAUGUGAUAGAGCAGUGCUGUCCUUCACGACCCAUAUUGUUUUCUUCUUCCUCCUUUUUCCUCUUCCUCUUCCUGUGUCCGUCACCUAAACCUCUCCUACCUCCCCCUUCGUUUCUUUCUACUUUGUGUUCCACUCUGGUUUGUGAAAUCAGAUGAGUCAAGCUUGAUGUUCCAUUUGAGAAAAAAAAGGUGGGAGUUUGGGGGGAGAGAAAAAAGGAUCAUCUUUUAUCAUUUGAUCCAUUACAUUUUUUUUAAUCAUUGUUAUUUUGUUAUAAAUUAUAAAGUGCAAUAAAAUGUGCGUUAUCAUUUUUUCA